AUGCAGGAUUUUAAGGCACAGAUUGAUCUGACUGAAGAGAAGCAGCAGAAACUCUUCUCUGAGAAGACAGCAGAGAAAGAUUUUAAGAUGAUUAUUAUCUUAGAUCAGAAGAAGAAGAAGAAGAAGAAGAAGAAGAAGAAGAAGAAUAAGAAGUGA